AUGGGUGAGAUCCACCUGGGUCCAACUUCUACUGAGGACACUCCAUCUCUUGCAGGCUACUAUGUGGGCAUGUGCUUUGCAGCCUCAGAAAAGCGGCUCUACUCCCCAAGCCAGGCCCCGGAGGCCUGGCGGCUCUUCCUCCUCCUAGCGGUGACCCUGCCCACCAUCGCCUGCACCCUGAUCUACUACUGGUCCUGGGACCAGUGGGCCCGCCACCCGCUGGCCCGCACCCUGGCCCUCUAUUCCCUCCCACAGUCUGGCUGGCAGGCGGUUGCUUCUUCUGUCAACACCGAGUUCCGACGGAUUGACAAGUUUGCCACAGGGGCACCAGGUGCCCGAGUGAUCGUGACAGACACGUGGGUGAUGAAGGUGACCACGUACCAUGUGCAUGUGGCCCAGCAGCAAGAUGUACACCUGACCGUGACCGAGUCUCAGCAGCACGAGCUCUCGCCAGACUCGAACCUGCCUGUGCAACUCCUCACCAUCCGUGUGGCCAGUACCAGCCCUGGGGUGCAGGCCUUUGACAUCCGGUUGAACUCCACGGAGUAUGGCGAGCUGUGUGAGAAGCUCCGGGCGCCCAUCCGUAGCGCGGCCAACGUGGUCAUCCGCCAGAGCCUGGGCGACCUAUUCCUGGAGACGUUUGCCUCCCUGGUGGAGGUCAACCCAGCAUACUCGGUCCCUAGCAGCCAGGAGCUGGAGGCGUGUAUCGGCUGCAUGCAGACACGUGCCAAUGUGAAGUUGGUGAAGACUUGCCAGGAGGCAGCUGAGGGCGAGUGCCAGCAGUGUUACUGUCGCCCCAUGUGGUGUCUCACCUGCAUGGGCAAGUGGUUUGCCAGCCGCCAGGACCCGCAGCGCCCUGACACCUGGCUGGCUAGCCGAGUGCCUUGCCCCACCUGCCGUGCGCGUUUCUGUAUCCUGGACGUUUGCUCCGUGCGCUGAGUUGGUCGGGCCAGGGCAAGGGAGUGGCCAUGGGGGUCCUGCCAGCCCUGCAAAGCCCCCCCACUGCUGCCUCGGGGAGCAGCCAGGCUCCAGGCCCAGGGCUCCUUACCCAGCUGCAGAAGGAUGAAGGCUUUUGUUUAGAGAGGAAGUUCUCUGCUGAAGUUCUGGCAGUGGCAGUGAGAUGGGCCUUCAGGGCCCUGUCUCCAUUUCCCACUCCUCUGGGUACGGGUGGGUACAGGUCACCGAACAUGGCUUGGGUCCAUCUCCAGAGUACUCUGGGACCCCUGAGCUGUCUUUGGGAGACCCUGGGGUCUACCCGCCAUGGCCCUAACCUGGGCCACUUGCCUUAAUUUUAUGGAGCACAUCUGCCCCUUGGUUAGCCGCCAGACCCAGAUUCUCCCAAGACCAGCUGUGGUCGGUCCUCCUGCUUCUGUCCCCAAGCCAGCUGCUGGCCCCAUAGAGCCUGAUGGUGGAGGAUAGACCUAGGGUGCAACUCCAGGAUGAGAGCACUACCUGGGGCUUUCUGGUGGCUGCUCCUGGAUGAGGUGGCCCCUACUUGCUCCCUGCCCACAGAGACCCUGGGCUUCCCAUCAGGAGCUUGGUAAGGGACUGGCUGCUCUGUCACCUGCCCCUUAGCCAUGUGCUUCUGGGACUACUCAUCCCCUGGAGGGUCAUUACCUAUGUGCCUUCUGCUGCCCCCAAGAGUCCAGGGAAGAGCCAAGCUUUCAGAUUCCUGGCUGAGGAGGCAUUGAGCUGAAGACCAAGUGCCACAGUGGCAAACUACAUCUCCACAAGCUUGUCAGGCUGCAGCACAGGACUGGCCACAGCCCCACAGGGCCCACCUGGUUCAGAAGGGGACAUGCCCAGUGGUCAAGGCACCAAUUCCUGGUGGGGAGCGGGGAGGGCAGUGCCAGGGCCCAACUCCGACAGUCACGGCUACUGGAGCCCUCACACUCGUCCCUAAGCCCCCCCUAAAACUGGCCAUCUUAAGUAGGGGUGAUGGACCCAGCUGGUCGAACUCACCCAAGGCUACGCCAAACCCCAGGGAUUAGGGAGCAGAGGAUUUGUGGGCCCUUGGGGUGCUCAGAAGAUGAAGGCAUUAGAUGGAGGGGGCAGCCACGAGCUACUCCCAGCCUCGGCCUGGAGUUUCAGAUGCUGCCUCGGGAGGGCAGGUAUGGGGUUUUUACUACAAAAGAAUGUUACUUAGUUUUAUAAGGAUAAGUCUAUUGUAGCUAAGCAAUAUAGUGUUAAAUAAAAUGUUAGCCUGACGUUAAAUAUA